AUGGGUCUCAGCCUAUAUCUCCAACUCGCACAAUUACAGCGCUGUGAGCCCCUCUCCGAAUCACAAGUGCGCUCUCUCUGUCUCAAGGCGAGGGAGAUACUCGUAGAGGAGUCCAAUGUACAACAUGUGGAUGCGCCAGUGACCAUUUGUGGAGAUAUUCAUGGACAAUUUUGGGACCUCUUGCAAUUGUUUGAGGUAGGGGGAAGGUGUCCGGAGACGAAUUACCUAUUCAUGGGCGACUUCGUGGACCGCGGCUUCUACAGCGUCGAGACCUUCCUGCUCCUCCUCCUCCUCAAGGUCCGCUACCCAGACCGCAUCACCUUGAUCCGCGGCAAUCACGAAUCGCGGCAGAUCACUCAAGUGUAUGGAUUCUACGACGAGUGUAUGCGCAAAUAUGGUAAUGGAAACGUGUGGAGAUACUGCUGCGAGGUAUUCGAUUACCUGGCAUUGGCGGCCGUGGUGGAUGGGAGGAUAUUGGCCGUACAUGGUGGGCUGAGUCCGGGGGUAUCGAGCGUGGAUCAGAUCCGAGCCAUUGACAGGAAACAAGAAGUGCCGCACGACGGAGCCAUGUGCGACCUCCUCUGGAGUGAUCCAGACGACAUUACCGGCUGGGGCAUGUCCCCUCGAGGCGCCGGUUUCCUCUUCGGAAAGGACGUCACCCAAACCUUCACCCACAACAAUGAUCUAGACCUAAUAGCUCGAGCUCAUCAAUUGGUCUUGGAGGGUUACAAGGUCAUGUUUGAAGAUACCAUUGUGACGGUUUGGUCUGCUCCCAAUUACUGCUAUCGGUGUGGGAAUGUGGCGUCGGUGAUGAAGGUGGACGAGGCGGGGAAUAGGAGCUUUGGUGUAUUUGAGGCGGCUCCGCAGGAGGUGAAUGGCGUGCCGGCCAAGAGACCAGCACCGGAGUACUUCCUGUAGCAGCCUCUCGACUCAUACCCUCCUCCCCCCCACCCUUUCUCCUCCAAGAUACCAUUCCACAAGUCUCCGGUUGCGGGUUGGGGCAGCCGCCUUGGAACGUUUCACUCCUCAAAGAGAAGGAUGUGCGGAGCGAUCCUCGGCUUGUCUUCUCUCCGUAUGCCGAUGCCACACUAGCUGUAUUUGUACCAGAAUCGACGCAACCCUGAAUGGGCAUCACUGCAUCCCCUUGCCUUGUGUGUAGUCUUGCUUGCUGGCUGAUCUC